GGUCAAGGAGGGAAGGACCGCAGAGGCAGCCAUGUUUGUUUGCUAGUGUCCGAAAAUCAGCUGAUAUUUCAGCGAAAACACUGUUAAACAUGUCUUAUAACGCAGAAAGACCCACGGGAGAUCCUGAUGUAUCAGAAUCCACCACUGGUGGAUUUUUCUCUAGCGAUUUUCAAAGGUAACUUCCUUCCACUCUGCAUGAUAUUUUCUGGUGAUUCAAUGCGUCAAGUUAUUCUCGAUCGUUGUCACGUGUUUCGAUUUUUUAAAAUUCACUAUAAUCUGUGUUGUGAUUGUAGGCAUGACGACUUGAAAGCGAUGUUGGAUAGCUCGAAGGAUAACCUAAAACUUGACGCUAUGAAGCGGAUAGUAGGAGUAGGUUGACACUUAUCUUGGUACAAGCUCUUGGAACUCGUGCUUGUCAUCUUAUCUUUCAUCUUUGUUAAUUUUCAGCACUAAUCAGGGUCACUUAUCGUGAAAUUGAACAAUAUGUAGUUUCCCCCAUCACACGCCCCAGGCCAGGAUGACCCCAUCCCACACCUAAUAGUACUUGUUUCCUGAGCUCAUUAUACCUGUAGUUUGACAAAUAAAACUCAUUCUCGUCAAUGCUUAGAACAAAAGCGUGAGAUUACUCAUUUUGAGGUCACUUUCCAGUUAGCUUGAAGUUAUUUACUGGCUUGAUAUACUCCUUGUGAACUUGGGAAGUAGAAGAGCAAUUGCUCGUCUCUUUGUCAUGUAAAGCUUCUGGACGAGUCAAAAAGCUUCAAGAGUUCAUGAAAUUCUGUCUUUAAGUCAGCCAUAGUGCUAAUUUGAAACAUUCGAAGUCCAUGUGAAGGCAACUUAUCACCCUAUGUAAGCUACAAAGUCAUAACAUUGAAUGUUCUGGGCACAAUAGAUGCUCAGCAUCACGUUGACAUUCGGGAAUUGUCAAUCUCAGGUGCUCUCGUGCAAGCCAACUAAUUACAAGAGUGUCUAUACCUGAGUGACACAUUAGCAUGUCGCAGUGCCCAGGAUAACUCGUUCCUUACACUACGCACAACCCACAAGUUAAAAAGGCCGCAGAAGCCUGAAACUGGUAUCAAAGGUGUCUUUAGUUUCAAGAAAUGGCACAUGAAUUUCCAUUUGGAAGAUUCUGACCUGAAAAAAUCGGGCUACCUUUUCAGACGUUCCAUUAUUGCUUGCGAGAAUUUUCCACUGAAACGAUCCAACAAGUCUUGUUCCAUUUACUUUCCAAUCGGAUUUUCUGGAAACUUUUUGAACAUGGGAAACAAAUAAUGGAGAAUUGGCUUUUGUUGCUCUUUGAGCUAUACAACAACAACAAAUUUAUUCGGUAAUAACAAACAGAUCAUUGAGUUAUAAUCACUACCAGACUCUGUAAGUCAACAUAUAUCAAAGUCCUCAGAUAUAUUUUUUCUAUUUUAUAGAUGAUGGCUGAUGGUAGAGACAUGUCAGACCUGUUUGCAGCUAUUGUAAAGAAUGUCGUUUCAAAGAAUGUUGAGGUAUUACAAUGUAAUUAGAACAGUAUUGAAAGUGUUGGUUCAUAAUGAUAUCAUAUUGGCCCUUUGAUAUAAUUCUCAGAAUUGAAGCAUAAGAUAAUUAUUAUGUCACAAUUCAACUUAAACUAAGCAGAGGAUGACAGGGCCACCACCUAGGGCUGGCCACUGAAGAUUUUCCUUUUCCAUGAGCAUGACCCCUUGCUACUUACACAAGAAACAAAUGGAAAAGAGAACCAAAAGUAUUCCUCAGCUGUUAAAUUCCCUGUGUACAAAUUGAGUACAGUCCUGAAAACUUCCAUGGCCGACCAUCUCUUGCAAGCAACCACCACCUACAGUUGUACCUAAACUCCCAAAAUUUUCCCCGUCAAAGCCUUAAUUGGACCUCUUAUGAACGAUCACCUCUUGUAAUAAUAUUGACCACGACCACUUUUUGAGGUUACAAUUUUAUAAUUUUUCAUUGUUUUUAACCUCUUGUAUAAACCGCCACUUUACUAAUGUUCUAAUCUCUGUGUUUGCUGUGUUACUAAGCUACUCAGAUAAUACAGAGAACUUUUAGUGAUGGCAUGGAACUACACGUAUUACUGAACUUAGAAACUCAAACUGCAUACGAUAAAUCCUCUUCCAAAAAAUAUAUUUGUUUUGAUUGCUCCUUAGAAAAGUUUUCUUAGGGUUAGAUUCUUGUAUGCUAAGCAACCACCUCCUGUAAGAGACAACCAAAUCUCUGAAUUUUGGGUGGUCCCUCACAGCAGGUUUGACUAUAUGUGGCAACUUGAAAUCUCAGUGACUGCCCUGCAUGCCUCUAUAUGAGUAAUGAUCAAAUGUUCCAUUCUGAAAUUUCUGUAUUAUCUUGUACAGAUCAAGAAGCUGGUGUACUUAUAUCUAGUUAGAUAUGCUGAGGAACAGCAGGAUUUAGCCCUACUGUCUAUCAGCACUUUUCAGAAAGGUUUGAAGGUUAGUCACAGUUUCUUAAUGAGUUUAGAUCAGUGAUGACCGGUCUAUACCAUUAUGAUUAUAAAGGGGUGUCUGAAAUAAGUUAAUCGCUCAGUGACUUCUGAUAAACUAUUAGAUUGUUCCAAAUUGCAUUGUAUGUUCUUGUGAAUCAAAAGGAUAGAGCCUUAUUCCAUGUUCCUCUUCAUUUAAAAUAAGUAUAUCAUGGCACAUAUCAGGAUGAGAAAGAUCCUCUGAUGUAAAACUUAAAUUAGAUUAGUUUUCAAAUCAUAAGCCCCUUCAUUAGAUGUCAUUUCACCGACUUCAAAAGGGGAAAAAGAAAGCUUUCCCUUGCCCACUCCCCACUCCUGCAGUGUUGUGCCACUCUUCAAACUACCUGUUGGAAACAACAAACAACCCAACUUUAAGUGGAGGGGGGCAUGGAUUGUUUGGUUCUCUGAAGUUACCCCUUUUGAGCUGGACAGUCUCAGCAAUUUUGUCACCAACUGUUGCUUCUUUGUAAGCUACGGUUUCACUCAGUUAUGGUUUGUUUUUUUAUGUAACAUACUCUUUGUAUGCAACUUGUAAGAUUUAGUAUUAAUUUUGUUGUCUUCUUUCCUAGGAUCCUAACCAGCUGAUCCGGGGAAGUGCGCUUCGAGUGCUGUCAAGUAUAAGGGUUCCAGUGAUUGCACCAAUUAUGAUGUUAGCAAUUAAAGAGGUUAGCGAAGAUAACUUAACUUUCCUUUCUUAUAGCCUAAUACAUUCUAAGAACAAAAUGAACCUUAACACUAUUAAUCAGUGGUCCAGCGACUAGUAGUUGAGUGGAAGAUUUACUAGAAUAGUUGAAACAGCAUUCACAGGACAAGUGUUUGUUUUUGUCUUUUAUGAAUAUUAUAAAUUACAAAAUACGGUCAAACCUCCACUAACGGCCACCUCUCCACAAUGGUGACUUUUUAAGCGGACAGUCGAUACAAUGACUCUUAUUUAAACCUCUUGACAUCAACCACUUUCUUCUGUCCCAAGGCGGCCAAUUUUGGAGAGGUCUAACUGUAGGCACUAGUUCUACAUUGUAUGAUUAGAAGUUCUUAGUUUUGGCAAGUGCAGUCACAUUUUGUACAAGAUCAGGACUUGUUGACAACUGCAUAGUUCAAGCAGUGUUUCAGAGGCAUAAAAAUUUUAAGAAAAAUGUUUAACACACUGAAAAAGAAUAAUUUUUGUGAUUUACUGAAACUGGAGUAAGGGUUGAAGAAGAAGGGGAUAAGAAGAGUUUAAUAACGAGUUCCAAUUCUCAGGGGUAAAAUCUGGUUCUAACCCAGCACCUUGCAUAUCAAGUGUUUUUAUGGGGCAAACUGAUAUCAAAGUGUUAAAUUUUUGUCUGUAGGGUGUAAAUGAUAUGUCACCUUAUGUGCGGAAAACUGCAGCUCAUGCUAUCCCUAAGCUUCACAGGUAUUAUUUUUAAUGUUUGUUUGUUAUUCAGUACCGGUAGUUCAACUUUUACUAGGGCUUAAAACUUUUUAACUUCACAUUCCUUUCUCUAAAUUCAUUACCAUGCUUAAUGUGAGACAGAGAAGAUCAAUUUGAUAAAAUUUCCAGUGGAAAAGUAAAGCAACAGUUAUACUUUGUUCUUAAGUUGUCUCCCUCUUUUUUCCAGUCUGGAUCCUGAGCAAAAAGAUUAUCUCAUUGAAGUUAUAGAGAAGCUUCUGAAGGAUAAGACAACGGUAGAGAAUUUUGAUUGUUUAUAAGUUACCAUCCUGCUCAUUUUUUGUAGGGUAAUAGUUAUGAAUUGGCAGUUCUGUCUUCCUGUACUUCCGGAGUCUAGAGUUUUGUUAUUUUUAACCGACACAGUGUAUGACUUGUUGAAGUUAACUCUGACCACUUCUUGUUUUAAAGGCAUUUUUGAAUGUGUAGUGUUUAUGGCAACUAAUAAUAAAUAAUAAUAAUAAGCUUCAAGGUUCUGUGAUGAGGCUACACAAAUAUUAUUAUAGGGACAUGUCUUGUUUGAAUUAGUGGGCUUGGGUUUUUACGAUAAAUGUACUCUCCAAGUAACAGGGUUUUUAUAGGGACAUCAUCAAUUUCUGCAAGUAAAGAAUAGAUUGUCUUUUUGAUAAAUAGAAAUGAGUAUUUUGGCAAUUAGUGGUCGCAUUUUCAACAACAUUUUAAAGAGACAAGGCCUUCCUUAAAAUUGGCAAUUUCUUCUGUCUUAUUUACAGUGUAAACCAUUGACUCAUAUUUUAAAAAAUCAUCGCAGCACCCUUGUUUAUUGAUAUUCCCUUUUUGUUUAGCUUGUUGCAGGCAGUGCUGUGAUGGCGUUUGAAGAUGUUUGCCCAGAUAGAAUUGAUUUAAUACACAAGAACUACCGCAAAUUAUGUAACCUGUUGAUUGAUAUAGAUGAAUGGGGACAGGUAGCAGUGAUUCAUAUGUUGACGAGAUAUGCUCGAACACAGUUUGUUGACCCAAAUAAAGAGGUGAGGAAUUCUCUAAAGGGUUAGUCUUCAGGUUAGUACCCUGGUUACUGUUCCCUUGGUGAACAGUUACAUGUAGAAGUUCUAUUUUAUUUUUCUGGCGAUGACUCAAUGCCUUGACAAAGUUGAUUAAAAAAAAUGGCAUAAGAAAAAAAACAGGCUAUAUCCUUUCCCUUUAUGGGGCUUUUCGGGGAUAAUGAAACAAAUGAAACUUAACAUGGUUUGUGAAUUCCAACUGGUAAGAUCAGAGGUGAACCAGUUGGCUAUUUUACAAGGGUGGCCAAGGAUUUCAACUUGGGACUGCCGAGAACAAAUCCAGCUAGCAGUCAGAGAAGGAAUUGAACUCAAGGCCUUGGGAUUACAAGUCAAGCUCUUAAACGGCUCAGCCAUGCUGCCUCCUAUGUUAACCACUUUUAGUUAUGCCCUUAUCAUGAUCUUGAAAUAAAUCUUGCUAUUUCUUGUGACAAAAUCUAUUGCAGCCUGAAGCAGAUGAGUUUUAUCCAAAGUCUGAUCAUUCUGAUGAUUCUGAAGAUGAUGAUGAUGAUGAUGAUGAUGGGUCUGUGAAGAUUUCCAAAAAGAAGACUUACGUUAUGGAUCCUGAUCACCGUCUACUAUUGAGAUCAUGCAAACCACUUCUCCAAAGCAGGAAUGCUGCGGUAAGCUUUGUUAUAUAUGAGCUUUUGACUUUAGUUUAAGAAUAGCACCCCCCAAAGUAUGUUGACUCAAGUUCCAAAAGGCCAGAACUUCUAGGCUGGAUUGGUGAUUUUGGAAAUGAAAUGAGCUUUUUUCAAGAGUUUUCGCAAAAAACCCAUCACUUCUGUGCACACAGUUUAAGAAUAGACUGACCUGGCUGGAGUUUUCUGAUUGACACUGAAAUUCUCUUAACAACUGGACUGGUCUGGCCAAUUAGUUCCGACUGAUGGUAGCGCCAUAAGUAUACCAGAUCUGUAGCUCAGGUUUGGUAAAUCAUUGACAGUUUGUGAUACUUAAAGGUUUAUUUAUUAACAGGUUGUUAUGGCAGUUGCAAGGGUCUAUCAUCACUUGGCACCCACAAGUGAAGUUGGCAUCGUAGCUCGCUCUCUGGUCAGACUUCUUAGAAGUCACAGGUGGGAUAACAUGUGCUAAAAACUUUACUUCCUAUUUUCUUAAUACAGCAAUAUUAAAAUGAAAUUGUUGGGAUAUUUUUUUGAUGUUGUUAAUUUUGCAACUUAGUUUUAAGUGUUUUCAUGCUUAUUGGUGUUUUUUAUAUUUUCCUUUUUAGAGAAGUGCAAACUGUUGUACUUAGCAAUAUUGCUACAAUGUCAUCCACUAGAAAGGUAAUGAUAGUUUACGGAAAUGUAAAAUACAUUUUUUCCUUAAAUACAACCCAGACAAAUAUUUACUGUAUAUCAUUCUAAUAAAAUUCAGCGCAUGUGAUAAUAAGUUCUAUUGUCUUGUACCCAAAGUUAAUGUUCUCAAGACAUUUGAGAAGUGGACACCUGAUCUGUUUGUUUUGUCCCACUCAAUGUGGUAAUCUACUAUUACUAACAUUUUCUUUUCCUGAAAUUUUUCAGGGGUAAGUAGCAUUGAUUUUUGGUUUAUUAUAUUUUGCAGGGAAUGUUUGAACCCUACCUCAAAGGCUUCUUUGUUCAUUCAAGUGAUCCAACUCAUAUAUGUUUGUUAAAGGUGCUUAGAUGUAUUCAUUGGAUUUAACAAACAUAAUGUUUAGCAGUGAUAAUAACUGUCAGUAUAAUUAUUGUAUUUAAUUUUUUAGAACAGAGUCACUUCAAGGUACAAGCCCAUACUUCUAAAAUAAACACCACAUCAAUCCCACUAAAGCAAACCUUGUGUAGAUGGGCUUCCCUAUACAUGCACAUUUAAAACAGCUAACAGCCUGCAUUUUUGAAACUUUCUGAAUGAUAUACUGUAAUUUACAGCUGAAACAAAGAUUUAUUCCCAACUGCAACAAAUCUGAACCAUAAAUUAAAGUAGUGGUAAUGUAGGAUGUAUCAAAAUAACAACAAUUCAUUGUGUCAAUUUAAUAUUCUUUUUCUGUCUUCUUUUCAGCUUGAAAUUAUGACUAAUAUUGCAGGAGAGACAAGUAUUGGGACUAUACUUAGAGAAUUUCAGGUCCUUAAGUCAACAGCUGUUAUUUAAUAUUGUAUUUUCUUGAAACGUAUACUGUUUGUUAUUAUUAAAAUUACAUGUAUAAUUUUUAUCUUUGUUAGUAAUAUUGCUAUUUACAUUUACUUAAUUUUGUUUUUUCCUUAAUUUUUUUCAGAGCUAUAUUUCCAGUCCUGAUAAACAGUUUGUAGCAUCAACCAUUCAAGCAAUUGGACGCUGUGCAUCUAAUAUUUCAGAGGUUACAGAUACAUGCUUAGCUGGCCUGGUGCGACUUCUUUCUAACAGAGAUGGUAAGACUACAGUCAAAAAUUGAAUGCUGCAACUAAAAUUGCAUGAUGAGAAAGUAUAGUACUUUGUGUGCAAACAAAACUAUAGAAGAUACAUUCAAUUCACAGGUUAACUCCAGUACUAAGGACUUUAAGAUCCAACGACAUGGCCAGCAACGGAAACGUCAUAAAAACAAUAGGUUUAAUGAGCAAAACAACAACUUUGCACAUGCAUCACACUUUUGUACAUUUCUUUCCUGUUUUUGCACGACUAUGACGUGAAAAUGCCCAAUUUUGCGUUUAAUGGAGAAUGUAAACAAGCAACGACAAAAUUUUAUUUCUCUUUCUGAGCUUUCUCUUGAAAUUCAGCUUUAGGAGGGUUUGCCUACAAUUGACAAAGUAAGUGGGUAGGAAUAAUCGCCACAAAGACUGAAGAACGCAAAUUGACUUUUAAAGCAACGUUCUUGUUGCCAUCACAUUGUUGGACCUUAACCUCCCUAUUAUCUAGGCACAAAACAGAUGUACUGUCAAAAAGCCCAGAGUUACUGUUUUGUCAUCCAGGGUCAUCCAGUAGGCAAGCAAAGCUUGUUACCUUUUAAUAAGAUAUAGAAUGCAGUUAUUCUCUGCAUUUUGAGAUAGAAUCAUGAAGCAACUGCCUAGAUCUUUUCAUCUCUCCCUGAUCAAUGACAAUUAGUAAUACCACAGGGUCAAAUACUACUGACAAUGUAUGUCACUGGCUAUACACAUUGUGGUCAAUUGCUUAUUUUUAUUACCACUCUGUAGCUAAUUUUGACUUUCUUCUGUCUACAGAGGUAGUUGUAGCAGAAAGUGUAGUUGUUAUCAAGAAACUACUUCAGCUCAAGGUUAAAAACUAAAACUUUUCUGCUUAAAAAUUAAUUUUACUUACAAAAGAUAUGACCUAACUGGAACAUGAGAAGUAAUGACAGGGCUGUCACCAAGAUUUCAAGUUGCCGAGUUAAUACAACAAGUAGAUGGGAAAUCAAACAGCUAGUUUGUUCCUUUUUUUUCUUUAUUUUUGUAUGAAAGAAGCUAGGAAUAGCCCUCAGACAGCCCUGAAAUAAUACACAGUUGUAAGUAACAGUAGAAAUAAUCAAAUACCGUAUUUGACAUAUUAAUCUGGAAAGUUUACUGCAAAUAUUUGAUUUCUAUGAACUCACCAUUGGCCCAAUAUAAACAAUGUGUAUUUCAGAAAUUUUAGAAACUCUCUAUUUCAGACACAUUUGUAUCUGUUUCAUUCUGCCACAAAAAAGUUACUUUACGUUGAGUUGAGAUCAGCAACGGCUGGAUUCAGUUAAUAGAUCCGCUUUCACAUUCCACUGUGUCUGUCGUGGACUCAAAUGAAAUACUUUUUUUUUCCAUACUGUUGGCCUGCUGAACACUCAGUUACAUGUACAUUCUUAUUUGCUUUUACUGUACUUAUUAUUCCAGCCCAAGGGAAACUCAGAUAUCAUCACACACAUGGCAAGGCUUGUGGAUACAAUUACGGUGUGUAUUACCUCUUGUUUUCAUGUAAUAAUAGGUAUUCAUAGGAUCAUCAACAGGGCUUUGAGGAGGAAGGCAAGAAAGUAUUAUAAAUUUUCACGGCCAGGUAAAAUAUUUAUGGGUAUAACUUCUUUGGACAGCUGAAUUAACCAUCAGUUGAUCCAGACACUACAAAAAUUCUGGUUUAGUUUGAAGCAACACCAAUUAGCUGUACUAAGUUUCUUUUCUUCACUGAGUACAAUAACUUAUUAGGCCUUGAAUCCUUAAUGCUGUUGAAAUACAACAGUAACUGUCAAUGCUAUUUCUUCUUAAGGGUUUUCUAAGGCCGUAUUUUUCAUUCCAUCUUUAUAAAGAAAACUAAACUCUUUGUAAGUCUAUGGCAAAUUUAAUGUAUUUCCUUGCAUUUUUGUUUUUUGGUUACAAGCCAGGGUGUAGUGACAUUUUCAUUUUUUGUAAUAAUAUUAAUUUUUGUCUUUACUUGGGUAAAAUUUUUUCAGGUUCCUAUGGCUAGAGCAAGCAUACUAUGGUUAUUAGGAGAAUAUUCUGAGAGAGUACCCAAGGUAGCCCCUGAUGUCCUUAGGAAAAUGGCAAAAACAUUUGGAACUGAGGUAAGUUAAUUGCAGUCAGUUCAGAUAUUGUUACACAUGAGUUACCACGUUGGUAGUUUGCAUUGAUUUUAGUUUUUUUUUUGUUUUAAACAGGAGGAUAUAGUGAAGUUACAAAUUCUGAAUUUAGGAGCAAAACUCUUUAUUACAAACCCCAAACAGGUUGGUCACAUUACAUACUCGUGAUUUCUAGUUAUUUCAUGAGUAAUGUUCUGCCAUUGGGCUAGCUGUAACGGCCUCUUUCAAUUAAUGCGAUACUAGCAAAUACUUAUUAAUACUAUCAGUAAGAUUAGAAUUUUACUUUUUUUUUUCAAGCAAAUGAUUAAAUCUAGUUGAAAUGAUUACAACACAAUGUUUUUCAGCCCAUUAAUGGUGUUUAUGGUGUGUUCUUAACUUACAUGCUUCUUCUUUUAUUUUAGACCAAACUUCUGUGCCAAUAUGUUCUGAACCUUGCAAAGUAUGAUCAGAGUUAUGAUGUCAGAGACAGGGCGCGAUUUCUGCGACAGCUACUUAUUCCAAGUGAUGUAGUAAGCUUAAGAAGCUAAUGUUCUCAAAGGUUUUUAAAUCUCCUAUGGAUACUAAUGAAAUGAAAUGUAACAAUGAAUGUUCUGUUCUUAUAGGGUGGUCAUCUUAGUAAAUAUGUGAAGAAAAUCUUUUUGGCGUCAAAGCCCCCUCCUGUUAUAGAGUCUGUCUUUAAAGGUAUGAUUAAACUAGUGUUCAUUUCCUGCUCCACUUUAUUGUCUAAAGCCGAAAAAGUUGUAUCAAAUUGUAUCCUAACUUAUCCAUCUUUUUUAAACUGUGAUUAACUGUUUGUGCAUAGUCUGUCAGUGAAGUUGGUUUGCCGUAAGAUGGCAGAAUUUGUGUCCACCUUGAUUACACGUUUUGUUACUUCCAUCAUAAUCUCAGACUUCUGACUGCAUCAUUCACCUCUGGUUAAUAAUGGCCCUUCCUCCACCUUAAAAACAUUAUUUCCUGCAUGUUUUAGCAACUGUCCCACCUAGCCAAUUAAAUCUUUGUUUUAAUCACUUACCAGGGUUUAGCUCCUGAUGUGUUUGGAUGCUUGAAUUCUAGUUGGGCACAAGAUGAUUUCAAAACUGAUAUUUUAACCUUAAUUUCAGAACGGCAAGGCUUCCAGGUUGGCUCGCUGUCACACAUGAUUAACCUCAAAGCCAACGGUUAUCAGGAAUUGCCUCAGUAUCCAGAAGUGGCCCCUGAUCCUUCUGUCAGAAAUGUUGAAGUGAGUCUCAACUUUAGCGUGAGAUAAUCAGUUGCCUGCCAACUGUAACCUACGGGAACAAUAUGAAGGGGAGUCAAGUGGUACUUACCAUUAACAUGGAAAAACUUGAAAUUGCUGUUUGAAAAUCAAAUGGUUUGGGCCAUUCUGUUUGAGCAGCUUUAAAAAGCGUGGUUUGUGAUUUGAGGCAAUGCAAUUUUUCUACUCUUUUUAGUCUGUUCAGCUGAUUUGGACAAACUUUGUAGCAGGUUGUUCUCCCACCAUGUCAAAUUCUAUAGUUUUAUGUUUAUGCAAAAGAUUUCCACCUGGGUGGUUGAUGUAAAUGGUAACCACCCAUGGUGAUGUGAAAUUUUUUAUACUGUUCAACCAAUCUCUGUAGACAGCAAUGGGACCAGAAAAUUAUCCAGAUUAACAUGGGGUUCCUUUUGUAAUAAUUACCCUGGUUGAAAAGAGCAGAUACCAUGUCUAUGUUUAAAAAGUUUCUGGUGCCAUCAUUUUCCAAGGAGUAGAUUGCCUGGUAUUUUUAGUUACUGCGUAAAGAUGUAAUUGGUGAAUUUAUUAUGCCAUUCCCAGGUGCCAUCAUUUUGGACACCAGGUAACAAGAAAAAGAAUGCAAAGAAAACAUCAUUUUAUUCCUCAGACUCUGGGUCAGAAUCAGGAUCUGAAUCAGGUAUUACUUACUAGUUGCUCUUUGAGUUCUCUAUUUUAAGUGUGCAUGUGUCAUUAAUACAACGACAAGUCAGAAUCACUCACCAUUAUGCGGAAGAGGGAUAGUAGUUAAGUUCAUGGAAAGCAACCUAAAAGACUUGAUAGGAUCUAUUGCAAAAUCCAAGUUCUAUUAAUAAUGACGUAAUGUUUACUUUUUGUGCUACAAGAUGUUUUGUUCUUUUUGAUGUAAGAGUAAAUUUUUGACUGAGUUAUUUGCUUCCCAGAAUCUGAUAGUGAAAGCGAGGAUGAAAGUGAAAGCAGAAGUGGGUCAGAUUCUGAUAAGGACAAGGAAAGCAAGAGUGAAUCAGAGGCAUCCUCCAAAACUGGUACUUAAAUAUUAUUUUUAUUAUCUGAAUCUAUACAUAUACUUCUUGUACUUACUUGUUUAUGUUGUGGUUCAAAAUCAUCCUAGGUUUAAUUUUUCUCCCAUUGUUUCAAACUCAUUAUCAUACAUUACCAUACCCAAAAACAAAGGAAGAUAAAAUUUAAACAAAGGAUGUAAUUGAACCACAGCAUAAUUAUAUAUAUGAAUAUUUUACAAUAACUGAUCGCACAAGUUUUCAAUAAUUUUCCUCCUAUAGCGUGUGCAUGCAUUUGCUAGAAAACUUUGCAGUCAACUUGAUACUUGACCAUUUUAUGAUGUCAUUUCACUGAUCUAUAAAAGUGCCAACAAAGGAAGAUAAUAUGUUGGAAAUAAUUGUUAAGAGAUGUUCAAAAAGUUCUUUAUUGAGACCUUUAUUCCUUACAUUUACUUUUGACCACUGUGUAGCUAGUUGUGUUUGUGUCAGGACUUAGUAAUUAUGUUUAUGAUAUGACCCCCAAAUCUUUCUCUGGUGAUAGUAAGACUCUGUGAAGAGCUGUGUUGUAAAAAAAUUUGGCGAUGGUAAGACUGUGUGAAGAGAUGUUUUGUAAAUAAUGUUGUUAAGAGAUCUUCAAAAAGUUCUAGAUUGAGGUCUUUUUUCCAUUUACUUUGGACCACUGUGUAGCUAGUUGUAUCUGUUUCAUGUAAAAUUUUUAUGUUUGUGAUAUGACCCCCAAAUCUUUCUCUGAUGACAGUAAGAACCUGUGAAGAGGUUUCUCAUCUAUGUUUUUUAAAUUUAAUCUUAUAUAUUUGUUUGUCUCAGGAGGUGAAAGUGAAGAAGAGAGUGAUUUAAGUGAAAGUGAAGAAAAGUCAUCUGAUGAGUCAGAGACAGAGAAAAGCAGCGAAGAAAGCUCAGAUAGCUCUGAGACUGAAGAGGAAAAGGUAUCUCCUAAUUUUCCCGUAUAUCUGCCUUAUUUUUUUCAGUCUAUAACUUCUUUUGUAAAAAAGCCUUUUUUAAAAAAAAAACCACCAGCAGAUCUCAAGCAGUUGUAUAUGAAUAGUAGGCAUUAUUAGAACCUUGGUAGCAUUCAUGCUGAGAAUCUGUCAUUAAACCAUUAUUAUUUGCAAGUUUAAAUAAACUAGCAUAACAGACAUUACUAGAGUCUUAGGCAAUCAGUAAUUUAUUGUAAUGGCAUUUAUUUUCCACAAACCAAAGUUUUUAACUAACCAUUAAAGAAAAGACUUCAAAAAAAAUAUUAAUGCAAACCUCUCCUCACAUAGCUUUGACUUUUGUGAGUCAUUUUGGCAUUUUUCCUGAUGAAGGCUCCUGAAAUCUUCGGUUUUAAAGGGUUUUUGAUUCCAAAUGCAUAUGAUUCCUUUAUUACUGAGUCCACUUGGUUACCAGUUUAUUUUCAAAAUAAUAGAUUAUUUGCCUUUGUUUUUCAGCCGCCAGUGAAAAAAUCAACUAAGUCACCUGUUAAGGCUACAAAGCCAGAAAAAUCACCCAGUAAACCCCCUGCUGCAGCCAAAGGAGACACUUUGCUAAUUCUGGAUGACUGUAAGUCAAACAUGUCAAGUUGCAACUACUGAUAAUUAAUAUUGACAAGCCCCUUGGAAACAGGAAGUACAUGGUAUUCUGACUGGUGGUUAACACUUCAGAGGUCUUCAAACUUUAGAUCAUUUAGAGCAAAGCUUAAAUCCUGGACCAAAUUUUGGUCCAGGAUUUAAGCUUUGCUCUUACAUUGAUUCCUUACACAAGGAACUUUUCUCACAUUACAGUCUCUGUCCACCUAGGCCAGGUUGUUCGAAGGUGGGUUAAGAUAACCCAAGGUUAGUAUGAAAUUUGAACUCUGAUAUGAGAGCUUAAAAAACAAAUUCAGUGUAAUUCUCUUUGCCUACGAUUUGAUGAUUGGAUACUCUAAAAAAACAUAGAAAAUCAUCCAAGAGAGUGCUUUUGAUGAUAAGAAAAAGAAGCCUUGGUGAAAAUUUAACCCUGGGUAAGCGCUAACCAGCGUUCAAACAACUGGGCCCACGGUUUAUAAUACUGGGUAUUGGUAAGUAAUACUGCCAGGGAUAACACUACAUUAAAAUAGCAUCCGAUCCAGUAGGGGGCGGCAGUGUGCACCAUUCUAUUCUAAAUGAGAGAAGCUCUUACUGGCUUCAAGCACACUUUUACUUUAACCUUUGAUGUUAUAGGCUCUCACCUACCUUUAAAGCAAUACAGUAUAAUACAAACUGUAACAACACUCCCUGAAGAAGGCUCUUCAGUGACAAUAAUAGUUAAUAUUCUAGAAAUGCCUCAAUGGUAGAGCCUCGGGAAGCAGAGGCUAAGGGCCAGAAGUUUUUACACAUUGCCUUGUUGCUAGGCAACAGCCCAAACCAAUAGAAAGAGAUAUUAAUUUUAUGACCAAUGCAAGAUCACACUCUGCUUAGUGAUCCUCAUGUGCAUCAGCAUGCUGCACACAUGCUGUGUGCACAACAAAUUUAUAAACCUUUACUCCUCUCAGGCCUUACGGGGCCCGCUUUGUGAGGUACAAGAUAAUACAUCAGCAAUGUGGUUCAUGUAUAAUAUUAGUGAGUUUAAGAUACUACUACAGUGACAGUAGUGAAAAUGUUGCUUUAAAAAGUCAAUUCGCUUUCUUUCAAACUUUACCACAAUUCCAACUUGCCCAGGUUUUCAAUUGUUGGUAAACUGUCCUGAAGUCGAAUUCCUAAGAACCAUGUACAAGUUUAGAAAGAGAAAGAGAAAGAAAAAUUUGUUGCCAUUUGUUUAGCUCCUCCAUAAAACAUGAAAUUAGGCAGUGUUACCUCACAGUUGUGCAGUGACAGUAAAGAAAUGUACCUAAAAAUGUGAUGCAUGUGCAGAGUUGUUGUUUUAUUAAUCUUANAUGUGGUUCAUGUAUAAUAUUAGUGAGUUUAAGAUACUACUACAGUGACAGUAGUGAAAAUGUUGCUUUAAAAAGUCAAUUCGCUUUCUUUCAAACUUUACCACAAUUCCAACUUGCCCAGGUUUUCAAUUGUUGGUAAACUGUCCUGAAGUCGAAUUCCUAAGAACCAUGUACAAGUUUAGAAAGAGAAAGAGAAAGAAAAAUUUGUUGCCAUUUGUUUAGCUCCUCCAUAAAACAUGAAAUUAGGCAGUGUUACCUCACAGUUGUGCAGUGACAGUAAAGAAAUGUACCUAAAAAUGUGAUGCAUGUGCAGAGUUGUUGUUUUAUUAAUCUUACUGCCUUUUUUAUGUUCUCAUUGCUGUCAUGCUAUCAAACCCCCAAUAAUAUUAUUUGGAGUUUAAGAUAUGUCACAACAGUUGGUUAUAUUAUUCAAUUUGCUGUAGUGAGUGAGACAGUGACUCCCAGCGUAAGUUCAGGUCCCAGUAACAUCCUAUCACCAAGUCUUGCUUCUGAGAUAGAGUCCUUAUCACUGGCAAAUGAUGUCCCUUCAUCUGUCAUAACACCUGUAAGUCUCUAUGUGUAUCAUAAUAUUGACUGAAUUAAAGUUGUAAAGGAACUAAUGUAUUUGAGCAACAUUUAAAAUACUCAGAAAUUAAAUUAAUGUAGGUGAAAUCAAUAAAUGCACUUUUGUGUUGUUCUAUUAUGUGAAAUUUAUUGUGCUGUUGUGUGAGGGCUAGGGAUAUAUUCUUUGUGGUGUGACUUGACACUUGCUAUUCACUUGGUAUAUCGUGCACCAGCCAUUAAUGCUUUUAUACAUCAAACCCCUUGAUCUUAAAAUAUUGUUAUUACUUUGACCUCUUGCUAUUUGGAAUCAAGCGUCAUCACACCUUCUUAAUUUCUUCAGAACAUUUGGUUCUAGUUAUGUAUAGUUUCAGUACAUACAUGUGAGCUAACUAUCUGUAACUAUAAUCAUAGUAUUCCAGAUUUCCCUCCAGUUUUCAAACAGUCAGGUCUCUAUUCAAGCACAAAAGUAAUGAUGACCAUUCAGUUAUGCUCUUUUGUUUUUGCUUUAUAACAGCUUAGCCCAAGCUUCUCUUCAGCAAAAUCACAUGAACUGCUUCACCGUAUGCAAGGCAAAGGGCUGAGUGGAAGCUACAAGUUUACCAGAGGACCUUGUAUCUAUUCCACUAAAAUGGUGGCUGUAGAAGUAACAUUAGUCAACAAUACAGAAGCACCAAUUGGCAAUAUAUGUGUGGGCGAGAAGGUAUUUUUCAAUACUAGGAAUUUGGUCUCACCUACAGACUGAAUCGUCUGGCUUUUAUGAGAGGUCUUUUCUCAUAACAUGGGAUUAAACUUUAAAAUUAAUUUGAUUUAUAGCACAACAGAAUUAAAUUGAGAGUGGGCUUUAGUCAACCUUUGAUACGUUUUAAAGGUGUUUAGAGUGAUUUAUCUUUUCUGUGAAUCUGUGAGUGGGUUGUUUUCUCUACUGUGAAUAGCCUUUAAGUAUUAAAAUCAAUAGAAGUGAUGAACUAGUAACUGUUGUAAAGAAAAUACUUUCACACGAAAAAGACCGGAAUCAGAUUCAAGUUUAAGCUCAAGUUAGGGAUAACUGGCCUUGAAACAACUGGGAUCAGGCUGAUUUACUUUUGGUAUUUUACAGAAAUUGGCAGCAGGGAUGAGUAUGCAUGAAUUUCAAGAAAUAGGUAGGUUUGUUUUCAAGUAUUAUUCAAUUACUGUUUAAAAUAGUAUGAAUCUUAUACAUUGUUAUGAUUAUAUUUUGUUUUAUAGCAUCAUUGGGACCUGGAGCAACAAUUGCCGUGACAUUAGGAAUUGAUUUUAAUGACACGACACAAUCUGCUGGGUUUAACUUAUGGUAAAGAUAGAUAAAAUUACUACAUAAGAUAAUAUAAGUCAAUCAUUUAAAACGCUUAGGCUGUAUUCUUUUUAGCAAAAGUAAAAUAAGAUACAACAUGCACCACACAACCCAGGUUUUUUGCAAGUCAAGAAAUCCUUGUUUAAUUACAUCUUUGCAGUUGAACUUACAAUACAUUAGGUUCCUUGUGAAAAAUUCCUAUGUUAAAGGUAUUACGUUUAUUUGGGGUUGUAGUAAUAUUAUCAUAGUGCCCUGAUAAACUAACUUCUCUGUGUAAUAAUGUACGAGGGCUUGCAUAUUUGUAUCCCAGCUAUUUCUAAGGUUACCAAAAUUAUUAUUAGACUGCAAAACAGUCUGUAUUUUUGAGUAUUCAAGUAGGCACAAGCAGUCAAACAAAGGGUCUGGAACGAGGCUGAAAACAGAGAGCGAGACUGGGGAUAGACACUAGCCCUCUUCGCGUGUGCAAGACUCUUAUACCAUGCUUUACCAAUUUCUUUACUGAUUUUGAGAAAAACCCCGACUGUUUUGCAGUCUACCAAAUUAUCAGUGUGUAAGAUACUGUGCAUCUCAGGGAUAAGGUCAUUCUGUGGCUUUUUAUUAGGUUAUUGAUUGAAUGACAACUCUACACUAGCUUGUUGACAUUUUAUUACCUGAUGUUUUAGUACACAAAGCAGCAAGUUUCCAGUGAGUAUCAAAGCUCCAGUUGGUGAACUAUUACAAGGCUGUCCUAUGACUGAGGCAGACUUCCUCUCCAAGCAAGGUUUGUUAAUCUCUUUCUUAUCAUUGGGUGAAAUUAUACACUGCCUCAUACAGUUAUCUUAGUUAACCAUGGUUUGUCAGGAAAAACAAUUUAUUUAAAUGUUUGUUUCAGAUUUCAAGAAGAAAAUAAUUUAAUUACUAUUUGGUGAAUUCUUUCAGGUAAAUUACGUGGUUUGAAUGAGAGUUCUGGAAAGCUUGAGAUUCCCAGCAGUCAGACUUCAGAAGAACAGGUCUGUGCAAAGGUGAAGGAAGCUGCUGCUGUUACCUAUAUAGGAGCCGCACCCCUCCCUGAAGGGGCUGCUACAUACAGAUUUGCAGGUCGCACAAUAUCUGGAGGGACACAUGUCUUAGUGACAGUUAAAGUACCCUCCAGUGGAAAAGACAGCUUAAUUACAGUGAACUGUGAAAAGAUGGCAAUUAGCUCCAUGCUAGUCAAAGAGAUCAAACAGGCUUUGCAGUAACACAUCAAGUAAUUCAAGGCUAUUGACAGCAGCAAAUAGCAAUUAUUCUCCUCAGCUACAUACAUUGUGUGCUUGUCUUACCUCCUGUUCUAUAGUAUUUCAAAAAAGUUUGUGACAGUCUUGUGGUUUUCCAAUGCAACAGCUUUUAUCCAGUGAAGUAAAUUAACAUUGCUGUUUCUGAUUUUAUACUCUUCCAGCCUUCUCAUAAUGAAUAGAUGAAUUUUUACAUGAAUUUUCCCAGAAACUAAUUUGUUCCUAAUGGGAAAUAAGUGCCACCAAUAAUUGAAUAACAAUACUUUUUCGCAUGAAUGUAAUGCUUCGGCUGUAUUUA